CUCAAUUUGCUCAUGGGGAAUUGCCAGACGACUGACGUGGCUGCCGUUGUGAUCCAGCAUCCAGACGGGACAAAGCAGAAAGCAAGCUGCCCGCUCUCAGCCAGCCGCAUCAUGGCCGCGAACCCUGGCCACUACGUCGCCGUCGUCAUCACCGUCGUCGCACAGCGCCGCUCGUGCUCCGCACCCUCAGCAGCUGUCACCGCCGACGAGCUUUGCGGGAAGGCCGUUCGCUAUCUCAAGUUGCUCGCCCCGGACGAGCCACUUCAAGUCGACCAUUUCUACCGCCUCGUCAGCUUCGAAGAUGUGCUGCGUGAGUUCGGGACGAAGAGACAAGUAAGGCUGAGUAAGCUGGUGGCGACGAAGAAUGAGAUCAUCAAGAGGUCGUGGGACGGCGAAUCCAAUGCUGCUGCCUCGUCGUCGUCGGUGAGUAGUAAUAUUCUCACUAAGGGUAGAUCAGGCUCUCUCUCGCACAUUGGAGAGACGAACUCAGUCGCUAACAGAUCCGAUCUCAUACGAGAAGCAAAAAAACUAGAAUCGAAAAGCAGUAAGCAGUGUAGAUGGGCACGGGCCUGCGGCAAUUGCCAGUCGCAAGCAAGGGCCUACGGAGCCCGGCCUACCGCGAGUAGCGGCCUGCGGCGGCCGGCCCUGCGGCGGCCGGCCCUGCGACGGCCGGCCCUGCGGCAACCGACCGCCGCGAGUAGGGGCAUGCGGGCUUGCAGCGAACAAGGCCUUGUGGCGUCGGCCUGCAGCGCCAGCCUGCAUCAAGUAGGCGCCAUCGGAUGGCCCGAUUAG